UAUAUCCACAAAUGCUGUGGAAUGGCAAUCCAAGGAUUACAGAUGGAACGCGUGAGAUAUAUAUAUAUAUAUAUAUAUUUAUAUAUAUCUCGGGCGCCUCGCGAGAUAAGUUCCUCACCUCCAGGACCCGGGGUCAGCGUGUUUGAAACACCAUGGUUUUUGCCCUGCACGAAAGCUCAACGCCCCCGUUCUGCUAAAAUCUGCAACCGAUCUGUCUGGCUGGUAGCUGCCCAUCAGUCAUCUAUUGGCUGAGAUCUCUUAUUGCUGGAUGAAGCUUCUUCAGACUACUGGGGACAGCGAUUUGCCCCGUUCUUCUUGAGAAAUCGUUGAUGAAGCCUCGAAUUAUUAUCUUGUCAUCGUCUUGGGUUUCCAUUUUUUUAACUAUUUGUAUUCGAUGGGCCUCUGCCUCAGCGAGUAUUUUUGGGUACUCUUUUCUCUCUCUCUUCUAGUUCUUUUUCCCUUUCUCUUCUUUCCUUGUCAUUCGGAUAUUUCCUUUCCUGAUAGCGUGUUAAUAAUAUACGCGCUCUGCUUAUUUCCCAGCGGGCAAGUGGGCGACAAGGCGGGACAAUGAAUGCCAUUGUCAGCUCUGCUACUACAACUGCUUUCUUUAUAUAACCCGCGCAUAUAGGCAGGCCGAGAGAACUUCCUUCACUACAACCUGAAUAGAAUGAAUACUAUUCUAUUACACAGUGUUUUAGCCUUUUAUUGUCUAUUUCCAUGCUUCUGUACUCCAUUCACAUCUAAAUUUCCAGAUGAAUGCUGCAUCUUUGCGAUGUAUUCAUUGAUUGAAUAUUGAAUAUUAUUAUGCAUCCACAUAUAUCUCACGACAUCGCUGGACGUGUCUUACUUCAAACAUCAUCAUUUACAACAACAACAACAACGAACGCAACAUCCUCAAGAUCGAUAUCUUUGUCUACCGCACCCAGGCCUACUGAUUUUGUUUCUUCCACUUCCAUUUUACCUACAUCUCCAUUUCUCGUGAACCAGCGUCAAAACCACACGGAGACAUGCUCAAUAUGUGCAAGCUCCGCCCUUCCCUGGCCUUGAUGGCCAACAUUCUUUAUCUCUUCCCAAUCGUUGCUGGACAUAGUUGGGUUGAUGAGCUUACUGUUAUCGCCAAAAACGGAACAUUUAUCGGAGAUCCUGGCUACCCACGCGGAUAUGUUUCCCGCGAGGCGCCAGGUUUUUCAGACCUAAUGAUGCAAUAUCUGCUCCCAUUGCCCCCCGCCAGCCGUCCAGGCCCACCUCCCCCAGGACCACCUAAGGUUUUGCCAACGGAUAAUAUGUGCAGGGACACUCAAAUGAAGCAGGUCCAAAGUGAUGGGAAACCGCGUCUCAAGGCGCCACCGGGGUCCCCCAUCGCUCUGCGAUAUCAAGAAAAUGGCCAUGUCACACUACCGUCGAAUACACCAGGAAAGCCGGACAACCGCGGUACAGUAUAUGUAUAUGGCACGAGGGAUCCCAAGCCUGAUGAUAAGUUCGCGUCAAUUCACAAAGUUUGGAAUAAGGAGGGCACUGGCGGCGAUCGCAGGGGGAUGCUCCUCUCAGUGCAAGAUUACGAUGAUGGCAGAUGCUAUCAAAUAAACGAUCAGAGUAUUUCAAAGGAACGCCAAAAGGAGUUUCCCCAUAAAGCUACUACGUCACAGGGACAGAAUUUAUGGUGCCAGCAUGACUUAGCCCUUCCGACGAAUGUGCCUGAAGGGAAGCCCUAUACACUGUACUGGGUAUGGGACUGGCCGACCAUCCCUGACGAAAAGAAGGGUAUCGUGGCGUUGGAGGAGAUAUAUACAACUUGCAUGGACAUCGAUAUCACGCCUUCGAGCAAACUUAAGGUGGCUGCCCAGGGAGAGCCGCCAACAUUGAAAUUUGUUGAAGGCCAGGAUUUGGGCUCUGCUGCAAUACCCACCCAUUUCGAGAAUUUGAAGGCUCCGACGAUUCCUGAUGGCUCGGGCUCCGAUUCUCCCCCGCCGUCGUCCCCAGUUUCUCCGGAAGCAUCUCAGCAAGCUGUGCCGACUGGUGAAAAACAGGAACCAUCCCCAUCUCCAACUCCAACUCCAACACCGCCACCAGCGUCAGAACCAGAGACAAGGCCAGACCCCGCGGGUAAUAGUUGUGGCAUCCCUCCCGUGCCUGUUACAGCACCCCAAGUACCAGACACUCCCCUUACAAGUACCCCACCCGCCAUUAUCCCUCUCUUUCCCUAUACGCCCGUAUCGGGAAUUUCCCGACUCCCAAGCUCUAUCCCGUCCUCUGAGUCGUCAUCCACCGAUAGCAAUGGCGGGAACAUAGUUACUCUCUUUCCAGGAACUUUAGUUUUACCUACCAAGAGUGGUUCGGCCACACCAAGCCCUACGCCUACAAGCCUCCCUGAGCAAGCUCCUGAAAACCCAGGUAGCGGAGCAAAACCUGUCACUCCCAGCAUCCUUCCCUCUUCUGAACGAGAUACUACCCCUAGCCCUUCAAGGGCUCCCCUACUUCUUACUAUCCUAGAUUCCGCUCCGGCGACUGCAGUCACUGCGAUUGACCCGCCAGGAGUGUCAAAUGAUGUUAUGACACCAAGUCCACCAUCAACCCCUGGGCCAGAACCUACACCGAGCGAGGAUGAUGAAAACGAGAUCGUUCCAGUCGCUCUAGACCCAGAAGGAAAUCUAUAUACACCCUCUCUACGCACCGCAAAGAUAACCAUCGCAGUUCCCACCACCCUCACAACCAUAUAUUGUACUGAAGCCUCCGCACAACCCCCCAAGCCAACGGAACGCAAUCCGGACCCCAGUCCCCCAGCCAUCAUCCCAAUACCACCACCCAGCCGACCCAGCAAUAACAAUAACGACAAAACCGUCACUAUUUCACAGUCUAACGCUCAACCAACUAUAGUAGAAUCCCCGACAUCGUCGCAACCCGAGCUUCUUAUAUCGACGAUUACAGUAACGGCCACGAAGACCGUUUAUCCCACGGCGCCACUCGACGAUACGCCUACGCCUACGCCUACGCCUACGCCUACGCCUUCUCCUAGUCCUAGUCCUAGUCCUAGUCCCACAGCGGAGCCGCAGGUGCAAGAAAAAGCGCAAACAUCCGGCUUCAUAGUAUCGAUUAGACCAUCUCCGCCCCCGUCGUCGUCGGAACGCCACCGGCAUCGGAACUUCCGCAACCACAAGAGACACCGCUGCCAGACUGCGAAUCCGACGGCGACGACUCUGUUCCUACCCCCACUCCAUCAUCACCAUCACCGGCGGACUCGCCUACUCCUCUCCCAUCUCCGCCAGCUAGCGCUAGCAGAAGAGCAUUUCGGACACUAAGUUCCCGGUUUAGAAGGAACCUGGCUGAGGUUCGUGUGCGCGGGCAGGUUUGAUGGGAUGCUAUAUAAUCCCAUGUACCCGUGUACCGUACCCUGUCGAUGUCGAUGGGCUUAGUGGCACAGUGGAUAAAAUUUUCACCGUUUGUCCUGCGGAAUCAGUCACAUCAUAUCUACUAUGUGUAUGCUUCUCUCUUUCUUUUUUUUUAAACUUCCUUUUGAUAUACAGUCAGACUUGUGUAAACAAACACAUGAGGUGCAUGACUAGUUAUCCCUAUCUCUCUUAUUUUCCACUAUUUCAGAAAUGAGCGUUCCGUGUCUCAGUACUUUUCUUGCAUUUGCAUUGCUCUU